UUCAUUUCAUUCAUAAUCCAUUAUUAUCAUACUUAAGAUCAUCAUUAAGCUCUUUGUCAUUUUGUCAACCAUGAAUAAUGAUAAUAACGUUGAUCAACAGAAAUUGAUUGAUGAAUUUAUGCUUGUUACCGAAGGUAAUUUAGAAACGGCCCGAAAAUAUUUGAUAAAACAUUCAUGGAAAGUUGUUGAAGCUAUUAAUGAUUAUUUUGAAUGGAUGCAUGAUGAUUAUUGUCGUCAAGAAAAAGAGAAACAACAACAGGAUGGUAAAAAUGUCGAUGUCGAAGAUAAUAACGAUGAUGAUGAUUAUAAUGAUCCUGUAAACAAAAAAGCUAAAAUUCAACAUGAUAAGAAUGAUAAUCAACUUCGUUUAUUUCGUCAUAUAACAUAUAAUAUUGAUAGUUUGAAUGAAAAAAAUCUUUCGAUUCGAAUCAAAGCUAUUUGUAAGAUAAUUUUGGAUGAAAAAGCUACCAUCGUAUUUUUACAAGAAGUUCAUAUACUGAAGAAAAUCUAUCAAGAACAUGGUUAUCGUGGUUUAUUUACCGGUAUUGUACCAAGAUUAAUAAGAGUUGCACCUGCAUGUGCAAUUAUGAUUAGUUCAUAUGAAGCAG